UUAUAAUUUUGUUGUUGUCUUGCAAAGGCAAAAAUUAAUUAAAGUUACAUAAAUAUACGUGUAAAAUUACUAUAGUGUGUUACGAUUGUUUUAAUAAUAUAAAAUGGGGAAGCCGUCGGGCUCUCGUGCUUGUGUUAGUGAAAAUAUUUGUUCUAUUUUUGUGUAACACUUUAUUUUGGAUACCAAAAAAACCCAGAAUCAACCAGCACCACUUCGAAUAGAACCAAAAUGAAUGUGCCAAUGACCAAUCUGAAAGCUGGGAAGAAGUUGAAGAAGACACGUCACAAGACAAAUGCCAACAUUAAGAAACUGUUUGACCAUCUCCGCAGGGAGAGUCACAGUUCAAUUUCCUCCGUAGACAAUACUAAUGACACUGUCAUAGCACUAGACACUACUACACUAGACACCACGCCGCCACUACAAUCGCAUAUCGCCGGAAUAUUCGCAAAAAAACGGAAACUCAAUGAUGCAGACUCCGAUCCCGAAUGCAAAAGAAAGAAAGAAGCUGUCAACGAGAACAACAACACUUUGAUAGUUAUCGAUGACAGUACUUUGGUUGAGAACAACAACGAACCGGGAACUCCUAAAAAACCCUCGCAAGUCCACUGCUCAACACCGAAACACGUCCAAAAUAAGGAACCAAGUUUUACACCUGUCAAAAGCAAAAAUAUUAAGAGAUGUAAUUCUUUAGUAACAACAGACAUAACCACUGAAAUAACUGAUCUAACCAAAGAAAUAAAUCGCGAUUCGUAUUUAACAAUAGAUUUGACUACCGAAUCGUUGAACUGUAGUUCUAUAGAUAAAAGCCAAACUACGGUUAUAGAUUUGGAGAAUUCAGUUGAUAACGCAGACUGUACAGUUGUAUCAGUUAGCAACACAAAUUUAUCAAUGAGUGGAGAUUCUGAUGUUACCGUAUUGAAUAUGCCAAAGAAUAAAAAUAAUCGUCAGAUACGUAGAUUUGUGAAUGGUAUAGCCAAGUUAGAUCCCACUGAGAAGGGCAAGUUGUUAGAGCUUAUAACGCAGAAUAUAUUCAACGGUUGCAGUGUUUCGGAUAAGGGGAAAGGCAGUUUACAAAGUCUCAAGAAAACGACAACAUGUGCCACAGAAACCGUAGAGGACACUUACAUUAAGGAAGUAAUCCUAGGCCAGACACAUUCGAGAAAUAGUAUAGGAAGCAACAUUUAUAACCCGGAACACGAUGUUAAGAACAAAACUGGACUGCGAAUGGUUGUCAUUGACGGUAGCAAUGUGGCUAUGGAACACAACCGAGGCAGGAACUUUUCAGUGAAAGGUCUCAAAAUAUGCAUUGACUACUUUUUGCAGCGCGGACAUGUAGUGAAGGCGUUUGUCCCCAGAUUCAGGUGCAAGUAUGGUAAGAGCACGGACCCUCGGCUGCUGGACGAGCUGGAGCGACGCGGGCUGGUCGUCUACACGCCCUCGCGGGAGAUACAGGGACGGAUGGUCACCUCCUACGAUGACAGGUACAUCGUCCAAUGUGCCGCGGAAUUUGACGGCGUUAUUGUGUCCGGCGAUAACUAUAGGGACCUCCUAUUGGAAAACCCGAGGUGGAGAUUUGUCAUAGAGAAUAGACUGUUGCCUUUUACUUGGGUGAACGAUAUGAUAAUGUUUCCCAGAGACCCUUUAGGCAGGCAAGGCCCGUCUUUAGAACAAUUCUUGAGGCAUCCCGCCCCUGCCCAAUCCGAUAGACCGAAUGUAACUAACUGCCAAAUUUAUCAGCUACAGACUAAACGGGGAGUUUAAACAGGCCACAUCGAAGCAACUCAUCUGAAAAGCAAUUUGACAUUGGCGCAUAUAAAAGUAAGUGCGCAAUAUCAAGAAAUGUUAAAAAGCAAUUUUUUUAUGAAUUGCUUCGAUGUGGCCUUUUUAACUGCCCUGGUUGGUUUCCAACUAAGCGGAGAGGAGAAACUAAGAGUCUACCAAUCACAGCCUGCCAGAAAGAGAAGACAGAGAGAUGCAUGUAUUAUUUCAGGGCGCCACACCAACAAAUACAAACCUUACUGUCUCCCAAGAUACAGGUUUAUUCCUAAUCUGGGAACCAAAGUAUACCAAAGCUUUUAUAGAUAAACUACUAAUUUUACUCUAUUCAUGCUAAUUCCUGUAAACACCAUCUCAUUUUAUUUUAAGUUAUAUCUGUCAUUUUCUUAUCCGCCGAAAAGGAAAGGGACGGGUAAUCGACAAGCAUAAAAUUUAUGGAACACACGUCAAUUUUUUGCAGAAAUUUAAAACAACCGUCUAAAAAUUUUAUAUCGGCUAAUAACCCGACAGAUUUAAGUAGACAUCACGUCAAACGGGUUGCAUACCCGCGAGAUGCCUAUUUUAUUCGCACGGAUUAUUAAUUCAUUUUAAAAUUAACUUGUUGACAAUCAUCCGUCCUUUUCCUUUUCGGCGGAUACGAAAAUGACGGGUAUAACUUAAAAUAAAAUUAGGUGUCUGCAAGAAUCGGGGCCAUUGUCUUCUUUUUAGGAAAAAAUAAAUUACAUAAACACACAUAACAUCAAUAUAAAAGUAACAAACAAAACUGAAGAUAAAAAGUAAUAAAAAGAAAAUAAUUAGUAACUUAGGUAUUUAUUAAGCUCUAUUUCUUUUUUUCUCGCGGUGAUUGGCUAUGCUCCUCUUUUCUCCGCUCUGGUGGAAACCCACCUCGCCCAGAGACUAUUUAAACAAUAAAUAUUUGAUAAUAUAAAAGGACUUAGGGCCUUACCUACAGGGUUUUUGUCAAUGAAAAGUGUACUUCAAUGUAAUAAUACUAUACAGUUGUAGUGUGAAUUUUGCAAAUUAUGCGACUUCUUUGUUACUUCUACGGUAAACUUUGAAGAAAAUAUCUCGCCAUUUCCCCGGCCAAGUAAAUAUAAAAGUGUUACAAUGUUAUCAGUUUGCCCAUUCUAUUUUAACAAUAUGUAUUUCCCGGUUUUCAUUGGCUAGACUCCCUGAGAAAUAGUAAUAAGUGAUAAUUAUAAUCUUUACUGUCAGUCGAAAAACGCCUAUUAAUGUUAGUAAUACUAUUUUAUAUAACCAUAAAUAUUUUGGUACAUUACCUUAGCAUUUGGUGUGUUACCAAAGAACAAUGCUCGCUGCACACAGAGCUGGCUAAACGGGAUUUGAAAGCUCUAAAGAAAAUCCCGCGCCCUACUCUGUGUGAGUCCAGCUUAACCUUAUCUAAAGAGAUAUUGUGAUAUAUUUGAUGUAUUUGUUUAUAUGAAAGGCAAGCUAUGCUAGGCUGGUGCCAUAAGGUACGAGAUUCUCAGGUUUCCAUGAUAUGCUUUGUAAGUAGGUAGGUAUGUAGUCAUGAGCAAUGUGCCCACUUUAGAAACCUGUCGCACAAAUAUUUUGGGGUUGAAUCACCUAAGGGAACUCCACAAAACACUUUCCUAUGCAUCUGUCCUUUUCUGUCACUCAAAACGGACAGUUGCUGGAGCGAGACAGAGCGACCGCGGCAGAAUCCACGAGGCGAUGGCCCAUGCGUAUGCUUGCUCUCGCUCUAGCGAAUGACGGAUCUGAGUAACAGAAAGUACGAUGAGGUGCUUUCACAUAAUGGUUCGUCACUUAAUGAGAUUCACAGUUCAAUAGGUCAAAAAAGAAUAUACAUAUUUAAAAUAUAUACGUAUUACACUUUGUUGUUCUACACAGGGUGUUAGUGACAUCGUAACAAAAACUUCGAGGGAUGAUUCAUGCCGUGAUUUGAGUUGAUACGAAGUGGAAUUUUCCGACGCAAAAGUAUGAAAUUGAAAUGCAUUUAAAACAAAACACUAAAAUUUUCAUAAAUUUCACGACGGAAAAUUCCAUUUGAUAUUAACUCGGAAUAAUGACCUGAAUCAUCCCCUUCAGUAUUCGUUACGAUGUCACUAACACUUGUAUAGUGUAUUAAAAAUCAAACCCAUAAAUACCUAGGUUUUAAGAUUUCAUGGGAUAGGAUGUUAUUUACUUGAGACUUAAACAUAGGUGCUGGGGAGUAUUGUUUAUAUACUUUAUACCUCUGCCUACCCCUUCUGGGAUACAGGUUUGAUGCUAUGUUUAAGAUUUCCAGAACUUUGCAUUUUAAUUACUCAUUGGGAAGACAGAAGUAUUUGAGUAGAUCGUACUUUUAUAAAAAAUACCAUUCAUACUAUUUGGUGAACUUACCAACUUCGAAACCUAUUUGCAUUUGUUACUUGGUUUUAUUUGGGAUUUUUAUCUCAUUUAAUAUUCAAUUGCUUUUAAUAAUAUCAUUCUUAUUUUAUGAGCCCGUAAUUACUUGUAUCGACAAAUUAUAAUUGUUAAAUAUUUAAAUCUCUAAAUGCAUAAGUGUGUAGAUUAUAAUUAUAAUCAUAAAUAUGUUUGUUUUUCGACAAACAUGUUUUGCGUAAGUUGUAGAAUGAAACACGAGAUUCGGUUUAAAACGAUCGUGAAUAUAAAAUUAUAUAUAGAUGCCGAUUCUAGCAGACGUAAAUUUAAUUUAGUGUGCCAGUUCCUAAACUACCUGUCUCUGUCUUGCACUAUUUGUAAGUAAGGGACGGCAGUAUUUUUAAAACGAUCAAAUAAAUUCAAAUUAAGGUUUGUUCGCCAGAAUUUUGUCAACCGUUGAAUUACGUAGGAGGUAACUGUUCUUAUAUUAUCUAUGUAUGGUCUCAUUUGCUAUUAUGCCUUAGUAUUAAUUUAACAAUAUUGUUUUUAACGUUUAGGUAUAUUGUAGAGAAAUGGCGCCAAUGCUCAAAAAUAUUCAAAUGAAAAUUUUAAUAAUUGUACUAUUAUUUCUUAGUUUAUAAUGUUGAUUCUUGUAAAUAUUUUAUUAUACAAAUUGCGGUUUUGAUAGCGGAAACCCCAUCAGUUUUUGUUUUAUAAAAAUUGUGCGACUUUUUGAUUAAGUUGUACAAAAUACAUGAUAUUUUUUUAACAUUUUCGAAAAUUAAAGUGAUUUUUGGAAA